AUGGACUUGCGAAACCAGUCAAAUACAAAAGAACCCGAUAAAGAUGACGGUGAAGUUAUAGAUGAUUAUAUACGCCGAUUGUGGAAGUUAAAGGAGAGGGGUGGAAAAAAACAGAUGUUGACAGAGGAUGAAAUGACCAGUAUCUGUCGCAGCGUUCGCGCCAUUUUUCUUUCACAACCGUGUCUACUUGACCUCGGUGGACCCCUUAAAAUAUGUGGCGAUACACAUGGUCAGUAUUCUGACCUAUUGCACCUAUUUGAACUCUGUGGUGGCCCUGAAACAGUUAACUACCUCUUUCUAGGUGAUUAUGUUGAUCGGGGUCGGCACAGUCUGGAAACGAUUUCCCUUCUAAUGUGCUACAAGCUCAAAUACCCAACACGGUUUUUCCUGCUGCGAGGCAACCAUGAAAGUCAAUCAAUCACAAGGAUUUACGGUUUCUUUGACGAAUGUAAAAGACGCUUCUCGGUGAAACUUUGGCGGACUUUCAUAGAUGCUUUCUCUUGUAUGCCAGUUUGUGCAAUAAUCGAAAACCAGAUAUUUUGUUGUCAUGGUGGUCUUUCCCCGGAGAUGUUUACACAAGAACUAUCCACGCUAGCCGAUCUCAAGAGAAAGAUUCGGGAAAUCGUGCGGCCCUGUGAUGUUCCCGAUUGUGGACUUCUCUGUGACAUCCUCUGGUCUGACCCCUGGUACAUGGAGUCUUUGGCUGAAGGUGAAGAACCAAAGGGCUGGGAGCCAAGCGAAAGAGGUGUCUCCUAUAUGUUUGGACCGGAUGUGGUUGACAAAUUCUUGGAGCGAUUUAACCUCGAUCUUAUUGCUCGAGCCCACCAAGUUGUUGAGGAUGGCUACGAAUUCUACGCGAAUCGAUCACUCGUCACAAUUUUCUCAGCCCCAAAUUACUGCGGUGAGUUUGACAAUGCGGCUGCAGUUUUCUGCCUGUCUCGUGUGUCCCUGAACUCAGCACCCCCGAAUGAGAUAUCCAAUCUUCUUACUGAAUCCGCAGCCGCGGAGAGGAAUCAGGAUGACAUGGACUUGGAGGGCAGCUUCCAAAUCAUUCGGUCUGUCGUUCAGCGACCUAGCCGCGCUUCUUAA